UCAGAGUAAAGCGGUUACCCAGCUAGCUCAAUGUUUUCAUAUUCUGAAUUGUUUUAUUGGAGCUAAUCAGUUAACCACGAAGUUAUUUUUUUCAGUAGGAAUAGAUUUGUAUUUUCUAGAUGUAUGCGACAUUUAGCUAUGAAAAUGAAUAGGCCGACAACCGGCGGCGCCAGCAGUGAUGCUAACAGCGGUGUCUGUAUUGCUAAAUGCUAGAGGUUCCCUAGCCCCAAUAGUAAAAGUAAUGAUCCCGUCACGGAGUAUGAUAAACACCGAAAGUAAUGCAAUUUAUUAGGAACAUGAUACAACAUUCUUCAAUGCUUAGCCAAUAAAAAUGACAACUGAUUGGUGUAUUUGUAUAACGCCCCCUCCCCUCCGGAGCUAAUACUUUAAGGCAGUGUUUCUCAAGUCUGGUCCUCAUGGACCACUACCCUGCAUAUUUUAGGUGUUUCCCUUCUGCUACACAACUAACCUGAGUAACUGGGCUAUUAACAGGCAUCUGUAGCACUUGAUGGCAUACAGAGGAGAUCGUGCAAUCACUCAAAUCUGGUGUUCUAGGACAGAGACACAUCGAAAAUAUGUAGGACAGUGGUUCCUGGGAACAUUAUCUUUCACUGAAAGUCCAGCUGCACUUCCUUUGGGCUGCCUGCACCAGUUUUGAACGUCUGUAAACGGAAUAUCUUCAGAUUCCUCUUUGUAAAAUCCAGUGAACCUGAGUUCACUCAGCUUGGUUGGAGAACAUCUGAAAAACAUCAGUUUAAGUCUUACUUUGGAUUCUCAGUUAGAUUUAAGACUGGAUAAUUCCUCCCUAUGCUGUGGUCUAAACCAGUGUUUCCCAACCCUGGUCCUCAAGGCACCUUGCCUUGCAUGUUUUGGGUGGGUUUUUUUUUGUUUGUUUGUCUUUUCUUUUUUUCUUUUGUUUGUUCUUUCUUUCUCUUUUUCUUUUGGCAGUUGGCGAACAGCUUAAGGUGCAUUACUGCCACCUUCGAGAUUGGUGUAUGGUUGACAUCUUUUAUUAUAAGAAGAAAUACAUUCCUCCCAAAAUACCUGCUCUUCUUCAAAAAACUAAAGCUGGUUCACUACAACUGAGGCUGCCAUGAAUGCUCAGUCUAGUUAGCAUGGACACCGAUGACGGCGGAUAAACAAUUUUCCUGGAACGGUUUUUGCCUGGACCUUUUAUGCUGUGUGGCCUUGGCUGACCUUUAUACUACUGGGUUUCCCAACACAUGGACUCAACUUCAGCAUCAAACUUCAAAAGGAGGUCAUCACCUUCCUUUUCCCCAGUUGAAGUUGGAGAAACCGCCAGGAGCCCUCCUCCCUGCUCAGCUUUCUCGUCUCCGUCACCUCCUUCUUCUGAGCCGUCUUCACCAUUAUCUUCAUCACCCUCUCUUUGUGCCAAUACCUCAGUGUAUAAAAACAAUGUAACGCGUCUGAGUGAGGUGGCCAGGGUUUCUUCUACUUCCCCACAACCUCUUGCCACAUCUAUGUCCAAUAACGCCUCAGUACAACGCUUUCCUCACAUGGAAAUGCAGGCGAGCAAUAGCUGUGAAGAAGAUGAUGGGAAAGGAGGGAUGUACAAUCCUUACAGUCCAAGUGAUAUAGAGAAAGAGAGAAAUCUGAUGAGGGAGGAGAGGCAUGGGGAGAAAUAUGAUCCUUUUGAUCCAACUGGCUCUCCACAGUCAAAUGUGGAUGAUGGGCUUGACAGAGAUGAGGUCUUAGAGAAAAUUGCUGAAAUAAAUGAUAAGAAAGAUGAAGAACCUCCAGAUUCCACAGAGAUUUUGAUGGAUCCACUGAGUCCCAGUCUGACCAGCCAACAGCAUCUGAGGAGGAGAGUGAAAAGUAGCAGCUUCAAAGCCUGGGGGCAAAGAGAAGGCAUUGACUCGGAGCAUUCUGAGAUAGAGGAGGGAGAGAUAGUUGGAGUUGCCGACAGAGAUGGAGCUAAAAAGAGGCCCUCAGAGGAACCCCUUCCUCUGAAUUCUUCCAAUAUGUCAUUCUUUGGUUCAAAACCAGAGCGCAUUUUGCGCGUGCUAGAUGGAGAUGGGUUUGUGUCUGUGUGCACAGAGGGAAACUGGGAAGAUGACAGGGAGCUUGAAGAUGAGCCUGCUAUCGCAGUGGAGGAUUUGAGAAGGAAGUUGGUCAGCAGGAGGAAGGAAAGAUGUCUGUCCUUUCCUGCCUCUUCCCCCCUGUCUUCUCAGCCACCACUGCCUCCUUCCCUUUCUCAAGCUUCCAUGUCUGCCUCUCCUGCCACACCCUUGGUAGAGCAAACAAGCAAGAAUCACAAGUCCUCCAAAGGUUCUAAUGAUUGCGACAGACAAAAAAGCAAAGAAAGAAAGCCAGCGGAAAAGGUGGUCAAAAGGAAAAAGAGGAAGAAGGGAAAAGAGGAGGGUUGCGAGAAGAGCAAAGAGAAAGAACGAGGACAAAAGGAUGGAAAGGAGGUUAAAACAAGGGGGAGCAGUAGAAGCAGCAAUCAAAAAGGAAAGAAGAGGCGACAUGGCAGCCCUGCAGUCUCCUAUCACUCUUCAAGAAAAGAGAUGUACUCUCGACGCUCUUUUUCAAGUCUGUCCGAAGAAAGACACAGGGAAGGGGAAAGAGAGAAAGAUAGGGGCAGAAAAAUUCAUCGAGACAGAGAAAGGGAUAGAGGCAGAGAUAAGGACAGAGACCGGCAUCAUAAUCACAGCAACAGUCACAGGAAAGAUGAGAGAGUACGAGAUUCUAAUUCUAGAAAGAGGGAAAGGGAAAAGAAGGGCAAACUGCACUCAAGCAGCAGAGAGCGGGGCAUUCCAAAGAAGCGUAAGAGCAGUAGGGAGGAGAGGGAAAGUAAUAGAGACAGGCAGCAUGAAAGGGAACAUAGAAGGGAUGGUCGCCCUGUCGUCCCGCCAUCAAUUCAAGACCUAAAUGGUUCUGAUCUCUUUGCUAUUAAGCGAACCAUUACAGUGACAACUACCACUACCACCACCACAGUCCCAGGCUCGCCAAGACUUACAGCAGCGUCUCCUUGUCGUCCCACGGAGGAGAGGAAAAGAAGAAAAUGGCAAUCAAAUGAAGACACAGAGGAACGAGAAGGUGUUUGUGGCCGCUCACGGUCAUGCUCCCCACCGAGGUAUCACGGCUAUGAGUCAGAUCACACCAAAUUGGAAAUUGAUAUGUUGUCUUUAGAUGGAGAAGCUUUGGACUCAGAUUACCCAUCUUUGGAGGAUACACCUCCUACUGCGCUGCCUUUAGAACCACCCAUCCCAAGCCCUAAAGCAAAACCUUCUCCUAAAGCCAGACAAAGUCAUUCAAAAAAGAAGUCUCACACAAUAAAGAAGUUAGAUUCCCCUUCCUCUUCUAAUAAAACAACAGGGAAGUGCCUGUCCUCACUGACAGUGACUUCAGGUCCUACCUCCAUCACUCCUAGUCUCACAUCAGCAAAGAGAGCCAGAAAACUAGGGAAGGAUAAAGUCCGGGACAAAAGCAGCAGAAAAGAUUUAAUAAGUUCUGGGAAAUCCAAGAAAGAGAGCAGCAGCAGUCGGAAAGGUAAACUUCAGUCCAAAGUGUCGGUCUUGGUGCGAGAGGGAGUGAGCAGUACCACUGGAGCUUCUGUUGGUUCUGGAAAAUUAAGCAUGGAUCUCUUGGGUCCAGGGGGCACAGGAGCAGGAGCAGGGGGUUCAGUGGUUGGAGGCUCUAUUGCUGUAGUCUUUUGUAGAGACAAUGAAAGCAGGUCUCCAUUCCUGAAGCCUUGCUCAGAGCCCCUGUCAUUAGGUGGCCGAGGUAAAGAUCUAGCUGGUAUGGGAAAACGAAGCAGCCUGUCGGGGCCGCCAUCAUCGUUAGCUAACCCUGCUGGACUGAAAUCCAAAAAAACAAAACCAAGUUCCAUCACAUCUACUUCUUCUUCUGCAUCCUCCCCCUCAUCGUCUCUGGCAACCAAGCGUCGCCGCCGCUUAGCUAAGAAAAACAGUAAAAAAGCUGGAACAGCUGGUAUGACUGCUGGUGAAAGGAACCAAAAAAAAUCCACAUUAGAAGGCUGGACUGGAUCCUCCUUUGAUGCUCCAUCAGCUGUUGGAGAGGGGAAUAAAUUAGUCAAUCCACAUACAGGUCAAGCUGGCCCUCCGCCUUGCUCCUCAUCCUCCUCUUCUACAUCCUCUUCCACCAGUGUUCUCCCACCCUCCUCCUCUCCACCACACACACCGCCUCCAUCGAAUGCUCCCUUGCGGGACACCAGAGAGUCUUCCCCUGACUCUCAAACCGUGGACAGUAGUUGUAAGACACCAGAGCCUGCUUUUCCAGUUGAGGACUGCCCAAAUCAGAAUAGCCCUUCUCCCCCAGCUUCCAGUCCAUCGAGCCUGUCUACUUCCCAGGGAGCUGGCCUUGGAAGUACCCUGUCAACGCAGACUGUAAAGCCUCCCCCUCCAGAAGACGUGUCAAAAUCUUUGACCUCGCCUCCUUGCUCAUCUUCAUCAGCAGGCCUCACCUCCCUUUCGCUGUCGCUCUCUUCCACUGACCCCUCCUCUUCGUCCUCAGUAUCCUCCUCUUCUGCCAGUAAGCUGCCACCACCACCUCCUCCACCUCCACUAGCAGCAACUACUCUGCCCUGGAGUCUUCAGACAGGAGUGGACUGUACAACUGGAGGUGUUUUAGCAUUGACGGCUCUACUUUUCAAAAUGGAGGAGGCCAAUAUUGCCAGCAGGGCAAAAGCACAGGAGUUCAUUCAAGCAACCAGUCAGAUUCUGUCCCAUUCCAACCAGAACCAAUCCCAGCAUCACGUUCCUCCUUCCUCAACUUCCUCAUCCACCCAAAUCCCUCCACCUCCCACUGUGCCUCCACCAGCCGGUCUGAGCCCAGCCCAGUUCAUCCUCCACAGCUCUCUUCCUUUGGUGGGAUGCACCAAAACGCCCCCAUCUCACCUGCAUCCCUCCUUAGGAGGUGGAUGUGCACAGACCCCACCGCCGAUGCUACCUGUGGGGCUGUCAGGAGUGACAGGGAGCUCUGGUGAAGCCAGAUGGGAAAAUGAGAACAAAGAUUCAGAUAAGUAUUUGAAGAAGCUGCACACCCAAGAGCGGGCAGUGGAGGAGGUGAAGCUUGCCAUCAAACCUUACUACCAGCGCAAAGACAUCAAUAAGGAAGAGUAUAAAGACAUCCUCAGAAAGGCUGUGCAUAAGAUUUGCCAUAGCCGUACUGGAGAAAUCAACCCAGUCAAAGUCAGCAACCUCGUAAAACUGUACGUUCAGCGCUACAAAUAUUUCCGGAAACACGGACGCAAAAUGGAUGAAGAAGAGCGAGAAGACAGGGAGCAGGGAACACUGCAUUCCUCUGCCUGAGAGAAGUCUGUUUGUAACAACCAUCCAGUUCAGCGUCUGAGCACUACUGUGACUGGUUUCAUUUAUUUUAUUAUUGUUUUGGAAACUGUAUCUACACAUUCAUGCCACCUGUUCUCUUAUUUCUAUGUUAUAUGUAAAGAUGACUCGUCCUGAUCAUGAAUGAAGUGUUCCUGGAAGUGAACUCUGCUGACUGUGAUUAGCUGCAGUCCAGUACUUCUAUGAAAGUUACAUUUUGUUGCCUCUAUCUAUUGGAGCAGAUGUUCUGGCUUUUUAAUAGAGAAGGGAGAUAUUCCACCACUCUGUUCCACUCACCAAUAAUCAGUUGGACAAUGCUCAAGGAUACACUUCACACAGACAAUAUCACACCUCUCUGAGCUGGACACUUCAGAUCCAUUGUAUUGUCUGACUUCUUUUUAUUCUAUGUAUUGUGUGCAUGUGGUUCAGAAGUUGAGGAAAAUCACUAAAUGUCUUUAUAAAAUAACUUGGAUUCCCAAAUAUAAACAUUGCUUGAGAAUUGCUGUGCAGUACUGUUUGAUUUUUCUAUUUCAGGUCCGCACACAAAAGUCUCUUUAAAUUAACUAAAAUUAUAACGCGCUGUUUUCUCCAUUGGCUUUUGUCCAGCAUUUUGACUUUGUAGAGCAUUUAUUGAAGUAUCAAAAAAAAAAGAUCUACAGUGCCUUGGAAAAGUAUGUAUUUCCUCUGAACUUUAUCCACACUGCAAUCUCCACUUCCAGCUUAUUCUAUUGGGAUUUUAUGUAGCGGACCAACAGAAAGUGGAGUUAUCCUAUGGAAUGUAAAAAAAUAGUUUUGCAACUUUUUGUGGUCAUUUUAUUAUGAUAUUUUUGUGUAUUUCGCACCCUCUACUACAGUGUUUCUUUUUCAGGCUGAGGACUACUUGCCUCAUUUAACAGACACUCACGAACCACCUAAUUUGAUAUUGCCCACACAAUGGCAUGCCAAGUUAAUAUAUAUAACCUGAAAGUAUUAGCCUCUUAACUCAUUGUUUUUGUGCCUCCUACUGUGAAGGGUGGCUCUGUCAAGUUGUCAGUGGGGAACAUGCAGAA